AUGCUUGAUCCCGACCUCAAGAACAGCUUACUAUCCGCUCCCUCCGCAUUCAAGCUCUACCCCCCUCCAUAUACUCACCACCCAAGGUUCCCAAAGAUGGAGGGUGCAACCCGCCAGGCCUCGAGGCUCAUUCAGUCUCGCCGUACCGGCCUCCUUGCGCCACAACGCCGCCUCCCACGGUCAAUUAUCGCAUCGAACGUGACGCAAACCCGUCCUCUCUCAGACUCCAAGUCUAACCAAGCACAAGAAUCCCUCUUUGGCUUCUCAAGUGCUCCAUCAUCCCAGCAACCCGGCAGCGGUGCCCCUAUCAGCUACUUCUCAAGCCGUCAAUCCCUUCCCGUCAACACCAUCGUACGAUUCGUUCCGCAGCAGACAGCCUGGAUUGUGGAGCGCAUGGGCAAAUUCAACCGGAUCCUCGAGCCAGGCUUGGCUAUCCUUUAUCCCUUCGUAGACCGCAUCGCCUACGUGAAGAGCCUGAAGGAGUCUGCCCUGGAGAUUCCGAGCCAGAAUGCUAUCACGGCGGACAAUGUGACGUUGGAGCUGGACGGGGUGCUUUAUACCCGGGUGUUUGACGCAUACAAGGCGAGCUACGGAGUCGAAGAUGCCGAAUACGCCAUCUCCCAGCUUGCGCAAACUACCAUGCGAUCCGAAAUCGGUCAGCUCACCCUCGACCACGUGCUGAAAGAGCGCGCCACCCUCAACACCAACAUCACACAAGCUAUCAACGAAGCAGCGCAAGAGUGGGGCGUUGUAUGCCUGCGUUACGAAAUCCGCGACAUCCACGCUCCCGAAGGCGUCGUCGCCGCCAUGCACCGCCAAGUCACAGCCGAAAGAUCGAAGCGCGCCGAAAUUCUCGAGUCGGAAGGCCAGCGCCAAAGUGCGAUCAACAUUGCCGAAGGACGCAAGCAGUCUGUCAUCUUGGCUUCAGAGGCCUUGCGCGAGGAGCAAGUCAACCGGGCGUCUGGUGAGGCUCAGGCUAUUCAGCUUAAGGCCCAGGCAACGGCACGCGGAAUUGAGGCUGUUGCCAAGGCUAUCCGGGAUGGACAGGAGCAUGCUCACAACGCAGUUAGCCUGAGCGUUGCUGAGAAGUACGUUGAUGCCUUUUCGCAGCUUGCUCGGGAAGGAACUGCGGUGGUUGUUCCCGGUAACGUUGGUGACAUGGGUGGCAUGAUUGCCAAUGCUAUGGCUGUUUAUGGAAAGGUCAGCGAGGCUCAAGCGAAGAGCAUUGCGGCCAAGGCUAUCGGGGCCGAUGAGAAGAACAUCCAAACCCCAUCUGCCGCAAGCGAGGGCGUUAUGGAUGAGAAAGCCGCUGACGAUGCCGAGGGCAACGUUACGCCGAGUGUCCAGGAUAGUGUUCUGGAGGGAUUUGAUCAGAUUAACCCCAAUUCCAAGGCGCAAUAA